AUGCUUUUCAUGUCAGUUAUCUCUAAACUCGAGGAAAAAUUUCUAUCGAUCUCGACGUCUCCGGGAAGGGACCGACGAUUUUCGUCGACAUCGACGUCGACGACCAGUUCGGUACAGUCGGGUCGGCCCGCGUGGGUGGACAAGGAGUUGGCCGGACGUAUACGAGUGCCUCACACUUUUGUCGUGCAUUCAUAUAAACUGCCGACAGUCUGUCAACACUGCAAGAAACUGUUGAAGGGUUUAUUCAGACAGGGAUUGCAGUGCAAAGACUGCAAAUUCAAUGUCCACAAGAAGUGUAUGACAAAGAUUCCGAAGGACUGCGCGGGAGAGGCGCCCAUUGAAUACGGAGAGAAUCCCGACGACGACAGCCUCGAGAAGGACGACGACAAGAUUGAGUCCGAUUUAGAGAGUGAUUGCUAUUAUGAGAAGGGAAACGGCUCUCAGGAAGAGGAUAUUCAAACCAAACUACAGGCCGUCACAGAGACGAGUAGUAAUAACAUCCCAUUAAUGAGAAUUGUUCAGAGCGUCAAACAUGUCAAGAGAAGAGGCUCUAAAGUACUGAAGGAGGGAUGGGUUAGUCAUUACACUAAUAAAGACAGUUCUCGCAAAAAGCAUUACUGGAGACUCGACACGAAAGCCAUAACAAUGUUUCAAAACGAAGGCUCUUCUAAAUACUAUAAAGAGCUACCUUUGCCUGAAAUAUCAUUAAUCAAUUGGAAUCGAUUGCAGUCCCAAACCAAUAGUGUUUCCCAGUAUUGCUUUGAAAUAAUUACUGCAAACGUCACGUAUUUUGUUGGCGAAGAAGCGGAGAUCGCAAAGACUUGGGAGACUGCUAUCAGACAGGCCUUAAUGCCGAUGACUCCCAACACUCACGAUAUUAGAUACCAAUCGGGCCAACAAAUCCAAUCGGGACAUCCAUCCGAUCACAACAGUUCUUUGGAUAUCAGUUAUCAGUACCAGAUAUUUCCCGACGAAGUGUUGGGUUCGGGACAGUUCGGUAUAGUCUAUGGCGGAGUGCACAAGACAUCCGGCCGUUCCGUA